AAAUUUAUAUAGAUUGAAGAUUCGAUCAAAUUCGAUCUUUUCAACUUUUUAGUAAAAAGUAAAAAAUAUUAAUUAACUAAGAAAGAGAAAUAUUUUAUAAAUGUUUAUUUAAUUGAAAUGGAAGAUAGCGAUAUUUGUAUAGUUAGUGGCAAGGAAUACGAGAGAGUGUUAAAUGUUUUACAAAUAUUUUUGAGAAAAAAUGAGAAUACGUUUACAUUUCCUUCUCUAAUGGAGAAUAAUAGGCGCAUCACCUUAUGGGCGGCAUUAUUUGAUAAAUUACAAGACGAAUCAGCAAAAUUGGUUCAUUUUGUUUGUUUAGCAACACUGCGUGUAUUAAGCCGUGACAAAACUGAUAUUGACAAUUUGGUUUGUGAAAAAUGGAUAAUAACGUUGAUUGAUAAAGCUGGGUUAUAUAUUUCUAAUGACCCUGAAGGAACUGAUGCAUUGCCAAGUAAAGAGAUAGCAGUAGAAUCUCUCAAAUGUCUGUGCAAUAUAGCAUUUAACAGUGAGGUGGCAAGGGCAUUAUGUGCUCAUACCAACAUUGCACAAGGUUUAAUUAACAGGUCUUACAAAGAUAUACAGUACAAAGAUGAUAUUAUGCUUUAUGAUAUAAAAUUGCUUUUUAUUCUAACUGCACUGAGACAAGAUAUAAGAGUAAGCUUGAAAAGUGAGCUUUGUGGUAUGAAUCAUCUAUUAAACUGCCUGAAUGAUGUACUGAUGGAAAAAGUUCCUAUUAGUUCUUCUCCUUUAGACGAUACACCAGCUGUUACUUCACAACAUGUUCUUAAUGAGAACCGACAAGCAAUAGUAUGUGAGAUACUGAAGACCCAGUUCAAUAUGUUAUACCACUUAGGCUCGGAGGAGUCUGUUAGUCCGGAGGAUGAAGCUAUGUACCUCAAGUUGAUGCCUCUUCUUACCUUCUUACUGAGAGCAGAAACUCAUGAAAAAUCUAUGGAAUUAUUAAGUAAUGUUGCUAAUUUAUUGACCAGUAUACCGGCACCAUUUUACAAAUACCUUACACCCGAGCUCAUUGAAGGACAAACAUCAAAACAUAUUUAUGAUGGUAGAAAUAUGGAAGCUCUGUAUACUCUUCUGCAAUUACUGCAGCACAGAUUGGCUAUCACAACUGGUACGAGUAACCAAUACGAAAAUUUGUCUCCAAUAUUGACUGUGCUCAACAAAAGUUCAAGGAAUAUCAGCUACCAUCGUAAAUAUUUCCGUCAAAUUGUGUUGCCUCCAUUACGUGAUGUGCACAGUCCACCAGAGAAGGGAAAUACUCUGAGAAACCAACUGUGCAGACUUCUUACAUCUCCGAUCACUUCCGUUAGGGAUUUGGUUGCAGAGUUUCUCUUUAUACUUUGCAAAGAAAAAGUUGGAAGAAUGGUAAAGUACACUGGUUUCGGCAAUGCGGCCGGACACUUGGCUCAUAAGGGCCUGAUGUCUGGGGGGCAAGGCCCUGUACAAUACUCCUCAAGCAGCGAGGACUCUGACACAGAGGAGUAUUUAGAGGCCCAACCUAAUAUCGAUCCAGUUGUGGGAUGUACUAGACCGCCCAGGGUUAACCCAUUUGAAGGAAUGACAGAAGAACAGAAAGAGUACGAGGCGAUGAAAUUAGUGAAUCUUUUUGAUAAAAUGGUGUCAGAAGGGAUUGUGAAGCCAGCCACAAUAGGUCCGGAUGGAAAACCCAAACCUGUGGACCAUGUUUUGGAGUUUAGGGAAAACGCACCAAACCGACCACAAUCUUAGAUCUUUUUAAAGUAAAAUAUAAAAUCCACGGCUUACGAAGCUCAAGAAAGUGAUUGGGUCUUGACUCCAGCACAUGUUCAGCGACAGUAUUUUGACUUUAUAUUAACAUUCUUUGCUUCAGUGUGAGACAGUUUGUUUAGUAUGUGCCCGUUGUUCAGCCACUCUGUUGCACUCUGUCAACUCAUGUAGCAUUGUCCUGCCUUCAUUCAUCCCAUGCAUAAAGAGCUGAAUUUUUUAAAAAAAAUAACGGACGAGACGAGCAGGACGUUCAGCUGAUGGUAAUUUAUACGCCCUGCCCAUUACAAUGCAGCGCCGCUCAAGAUCAUUGAAAAACCAAAACUACAACUGCGCACGUCACCUUUCAAGUUUCAUUUGCCCAGUAAUUUCACUAGCUGCGGCGUCCUUCAGACGGAAACACAGUUAAUGCCUUCACAUUACUGCUUCACGGCAGAAAAAGGCGCUGUUGUGGUUCCCAUAAUCUAGCCGGCAUCCUGUGCAAAGGAGCCUCCCAAUGGUAAAACUGACUUUUAUACUGAUGGUUAAACAGUUGCUUAUUGAAGUGACAGUGGCCUGUUAUAAUAUUUUAAUCUUGCAUAAUUUAUCCCUGUGUAGGGCAUAAAACCCAUCUACAUCCCAUAAAAGUUACUUUAACUAUCUUGGGUCUUUUAGCAACACCUAAAUAACAAUUAUAUGCUUCAUCAUCAUCAGUUGAAAGAUAUCCUCCCCCAAAUAUCUCCAUAAUGAUCGUUCCUUCAUCAGGCCUAUCAAUUGGUCCAUCUUGUGGGGCGGCUGCCAACUGAUAUUCUUAUAACAGCUUAUUUAUUUAUAUAAUGUUGAUCUCUAUUUAAUAUGUAUUGUAGUGCAUUUGAGAUUGUAGCAUAGGUUUAUUUAUAUAAGACAAAUUUUAUGAACUUAACUUGUUAUAGUAGAAUAAUGGGAUUGUAAAUGAUUUUUUGAAUAAUUAAUUUAUAUUUAUUAGAAGGGAGUUUAUAUUAACAACAUAAUAUACUUUAGAAUAAGUGUAAAUCUAAGUCAGAAUGAUAAGUAGUACAUUUCUUAAUUAAAUUAUGUUACUUUA